AUGAUCGGAUCCUCUGACAUCCUGGCUCUGGCUGGAGGGGGUGGGGAGCGGGUGGCGGACUAUAGGGCCCAGCGGAUCUGCAGCGGUAGCAGCAGCAGUGAAAGUAUGUGCCACUGUGCCUUCGGGGAUGGAGUGGAUACACGUCUGCUCUUCACGUCUCCGCCUACACCCAAGCCCCGCCUACAGGAAGCACUGCGCCUCCUGAUUGGCGGCUACCGGGCAACCUGGCCGAGUGGUCACACCACCUGUUACCAGGACUUCUUGGUGGAGGAGGAAGAGGAGGAGGAUUCAUGGGCGUUGCUAGGAGACGAGACACUGGGAUUGUGUGUGUACGCACGCUAUGUCAGCCUCACGCUGGCUGAGGGGGUGCGGUCUGUUGCCAUGGCUAUGGUGUCACAUGACCCGAGGAAGAUGCUGCAGGAACUACCGCAAACUCUGGAGCUGCUCUGUGCCAUCCAGAGAGGUUUCCAUGGUGACCCAAGUCUGCUGGCGCACCAGCAGGAGACCAGUCGAUUGCUCCCGCCCCUCUGGAGCACCCACUUCCUGUUUGAGAGCAGGCACUCCCUGUUUGAGACUGGAGACUUUACUGGGUCUUCAUCGGCUGGCAAGGUUCUGCUGGGAAACCAAGUCACCCCCUCGUAUGCCCCUUGCAAGACCCUUCCACCUGCCUCGCUCCAUGACAGUUCCCCUUACAAGACACCUUCCCCCACGAGUAUACAUGACACCAGGCACUCCCUGUUUGAGACUGGAAACUUUACUGGGUCUUCAUCAGCUGGCAAGGUUCUGCUGGGAAACCAAGUCACCCCCUCGUAUUCCCCUUGCAAGACCCUUCCACCUGCCUCGCUUCAUGACAGUUCCCCUUAUAAGACACCCUCUCCCACCAGUCUACAUGGCACCAGGCACUCCCUGUUUGAGACUGGAGACUUUACUGGGUCUUCAUCGGCUGGCAAGGUUCUGCUGGGAAACCAAGUCACUCCCUCGUAUGCCCCUUGCAAGACCCUUCCACAUGCCUCACUCCAUGACAGUUCCCCUUACAAGACACCUUACCCCACCAGUCUACAUGAUACCUGCAACUCCUGCACAGAGUUUGGAGACAUUGGGUCUUCAACUCCUGGCAAGGUUCUCCGGGGAAACCCUGUCACCCCCUCGAAUGCCCUUUGCAAAACCCCUUCACCUGGUUCACUCUGUGACAGUUCUCCCUUCAAGACACCUUCACCCACCAGUCUACAUGGCACCUGCCAUGCCGGUGUCUAUGGCACUGUCCAUAGCAACAGCCCUUUGUCAGUAAUCAGUACCCAUGACAACACUCCCUGCAUCACCCCUCAGCCAACUUGUCUCUCUGACAAAGCGCCUUGUGACAGCCCUCAGCUGAGUGGUGCCUAUGGAAACACCCCUUCAUCACUCAACAGUGUGCGUAGUAGCUCCCCUCUGCCACCUAGUCACCAUGGCAACACUUCCUGCAACACAACUGCUGUGCCCAACAACUCCCAUGGCAACACUUCUUGUGACACGUCUCACCCCAAAAAUCUCCAAGGUCUUCCUACAGAUCUCUAUGGCAACACCCCUUCGCUAGCUAGUCACCGUGGCAAUACUCCUCUUCUCACCAAUUCCCAUGGCAACCCUUCUUGUGACACCUCUCACCAUGACAAUCUCCAAGGUCUUCAUACCGAUCUCUACGGUUACAACACCCCACCACUCAGUGACCUCUAUGGAGUCACCCCUCCGUUGACCAGUCCCUACGACAAUGUCCCAUGCAACACCCCUCACCCCGCUAGUAUCCACAGCGGUUGUGACCUCACUGCUUCCUGUGUGGAAGCCGUGACCAUCCGGCUGCAGGUAGAGGACAUCAUCAGCCCAUUGCAACAGCCCUUUUUCAGUCCUCCUGGCACCAUGACAACCGACCUGGAAGAGGACAUGUCCAUGGAAACCAGCAGCCAAAGCAGCAGCGAUGACAGCAUUGAGGUCCUGCUCGACGAACAGUCGUCUGUUGCCAUGGAGAGUACUGUAGGCAUGUAUGGACACUCAAUUGAGAAGAGUGCUGUAGAUGAGGAUAAACACUCUUUUGACAUAGAAACUGCUGCAGACAUUGACUCUGAUGGCAUAGAGACGGCAGCAAGUGUGGAUUCUAAGGACGCCAUGGAGACCACUGUAUGCAUACUACUGGACACUAAGGACUCUGUUACUACGGAAAUUGGCUGGAGGAGCUUUGUUGCAAGGGACAUUAGUGUGGAGAUGGGUGACUGGAAGACGGGUGUUGUACAGGACUGUGUUACCAUUGAGGCCGAUGACGGUACAAGCAUUAUAGGGGAUGUUUCUACAGAUACUGGUUGGAGGACGGCUGUUGAAGGGGGCUGUCUUGCCAUAGACACUGAUGAUGGGAUAGAGGGUGUUACAGAAGACACUGGUUGGAGGACGGGUGCUGAAGGGCACGUUCUUGCUAUGGACUCUGGUGAAGGGAGAGAUGUCAUGGAGAGUGUGGUCUCAAGGAGUGCCACGGUGCGCACUGACAGCCAGGAUAGCAUCGAGGUGCUCAGCAGAGACUGUCUUCUGUCAGAGGACUCACUACUGCAAAGGCUCAUGGGUAGCGUAGUCCAGCAGCAGCAGGAAGAGGGGAAAGACUUCUGGCCUGAGGACUUCACGUCUACCUACUCACUGCUGCAAGGGCUUAUGGGUAGUGUAGGAGAGCUGGAGGGACUAGGACAUGUAGAUACUACCAUCGUCCAGGAAAAGGAGGACCUACAAGAUGCUUUCAGCCCUUGCAUCCAGGAAGAAUGUAUGGAUAAUGUUGCCCAAGAGAGAACACACAGAGAACAGGUUAUGAGUAGUAGUAUAGUCCAGGACAGAACAGAGGGGUGUAUGGAUAUUGUAGUUCAGGAGCGAGAACAGGCCCGAGUGGCUGUGGGUAAUGAAGUCCAUGAGACAGCAGAGGUCCAGGCGAGAACAGAGGUGGUUCUAGGAAGUGUAGCUCAGGAGACAUCAGAGGAGGUUAUGGGUACUGUAGUUCAGGACAAAACAAAGGGGGUGCAGGGGGUUGUGGAUGUUAUAAAUCAGGGGAGAACAGAGGCCCAGGGAUUUGUGGGUAUUGAAGUCCAGCAGAUGGCAGAGGCACAAGAGGGCAUGGGAAUUGUAGUCCAGGAGAUAGAUGAGGCCCAAGUGGUUAUGGGUAAUGAAGUCCAUGAGACAGCAGACAGAGGAGAGGAUCCAGAUAUGGUCUUUCAGGAGGGAGCUGGGGACAAGGAAGUUAUGGGUACUCUGGUGCUUGAAAGAGGAGCGAGCGAUGGGGUUUUGCGUAGGGUAGGUCCUUCCACAUGUCCACUAAAAGUCCUGGAUCUUUAUCUCUUUGACAUGUUUUGGGGAGCGUGCCCUGUCUCGAAACCCCUCCAUCUCUGUCCAAGAGCCCGAAAGGACAACCCUGCCCCCUCCUCAAACACCUCCCCACGCGUAGACGUAUCCUGGCGGCAGGCAAGAGGGAAUGCAGCGCUGCGAUUGGUGCGCGGCUGGCCACAUGUCCGUCACGUCGUCUUCAGCCUCCUGAUUGGACGACCCCUAGUGGUGAUAGGCGGGACUAGAGAGAAGGUGCAGGAGCUGGUGCACGCGCUGGAAUUCUUCCUGCCAAACACACACACUGACACACAUCAACACUCUAACACACACGCUGACACAGACACACCUGCUCACACACACAGAGUUCUGCCCUGGUGCUGCCGGCCGAUUCACAUCAACGACCUCCUGGAGUACAGAAUCAUAGGACUGAACAGGACGGUGAGUGUGAAGCAAUACCAUCGCUACUUGACCGUCGUGGACGCUGAUCACAUGACCUUUCUUGGUCCCGCCUACCGCGGCACUCUGAUUGGACAGCUGACAGACCAAUCACACAUCAAAGAGGGUGGGACUUACGCCCUGUUGGUGCAGAGUGCCUUCACACGAUUGGCUGCUCGGGCCUUCCAUCAGGUCUUCUCCAAUCCGGAGAAAGAGAAGCCACCUCAGAGAGACGCUGCUGAUGACAUAAGGAUACUCAACUUCCUGUGUGAUGUCAUCAAGCUGCGACUGACAAAUCGGGAUCCUUCCAGUGUCCUGCGCUUCAAAUAUGAGCCAUACACAUACUUCAAAUAAACCACACACUAACGCACAAAUACACACAAAGACAGUAUGGAUGUAAAGAUGCAGCACACAUACACUAUGCAACUUAUCUUAUUCACAUCGUGCUAUAUUUUUUUAAUAUGCGUUGUUGAUCAUGUUAAUAGUAGUAACUUCCAUUAUUUUAUUUCCUUAACAGAUUUGACAU